GUAUUAAGUAUUAAUUUCUUUCAAAGAUAAAAAAUCUUACUGACCCCAAAACUGUUGAAAAGUAGUGUAUGUGUCUUUGUAUGCUAACACCCUUAGCCCAGUUCCAGGCAUCUCUGAUUAGGCACUUAAAGGAAACUGCAUUCUGUGCAUACUCGGCUUGCUCGGUCAAUCUCACACACACACACACACACACACACAUGUGAUUGAGAAACUUUUCUCUGAAUUAAGUGCUUGUCUACUGUUCGGUGUGUGUUCCAGUACAUUUCUGCACUUUUUUUCAUUGGGCUUUUAAACAAUGAAAACAAUCAUUUUAAAAGCAGGUUUAUAAGAGCAAUAUAAUAAAGUAGCACUUAACCAUGUGCCGUCUCUCUCUCUCUCUCAGGUCACUGCUGGCAGCUACUCCCUCUCCAGUUGUGUUCUGUCAUAAUGACGUACAGGAAGGCAAUAUCCUCAUGUUGGAUGGCCGGGAGAAUUCAUCUGACAAACUAAUGCUUAUUGAUUUUGAAUACAGCAGCUAUAACUACAGAGGCUUUGAUUUUGGGAAUCAUUUCUGUGAAUGGAUAUAUGACUACACGUAUGACCAGUGGCCCUUCUACAAGGCAAAGGUGGAGAAUUACCCCAACAGACAACAGCAGUUACAUUUUAUCAGACACUAUCUGUCAGAAAGGGUUGCACCUGCAGACCAAGCCAGGAUAGAAGAGGACAUGAUCACUGAGGCAAACCGGUUUGCCCUUGCGUCUCAUUUCCUCUGGGGUUUGUGGUCCAUUAUUCAAGCCAAUAUCUCCAAAAUCGAGUUUGGAUACAUGGUAAACUGGAAAAAAAAAUUAUAUCACAACACACACAAACAGAUUAUAAAUCUGACAAUCUCACAUUUUUUAAUCCUUUUAUGA